UGGCCAUGACGUAUGGUGAAAACUGUACACUCAAGUGUGGACAUUGUCUGACCGGAUCAGGAUGUGACUCUGUUAGCGGAACAUGCACAGAGGGUUGUGACCUGGGAUAUCAAGGAUUUUACUGCAACGAAACUUGCGAUAACAAAACCUUUGGGGGAAACUGCAGUGAAAUAUGUGGCCAUUGUCGUAAUGAUACAGUUUGUGAUCCGGUCAGCGGAUCCUGUGACUCUGGCUGUGAACCUGGGUAUAAAGGAUUGACCUGCACUGAGACUUGUGGACUUUGUCGUAACAACACUUACUGUGAUCAGUUCAGCGGAUCCUGUGACUCCGGUUGUGAACCUGGGUAUAAAGGAUUGACCUGCACUGAUACAUGUGGACUUUGUCGUGAGAACACUGACUGUGAUCAGUUCAAUGGGACGUGUCUAAAUGGGUGUCAGGACGGAUACCAAGGAGAAAUCUGCAAUGAAACAUGUGAUAUCAAUUAUUAUGGAGAAGACUGCAAUUUGACAUGUAUCGAACACUGCGCAGAAUCUUCACUUAUGUCUGCUUGUCAUCACGUGACGGGUGAAUGUCUGAUUGGUUGCAAGGAUGGCUGGAUAGGGAAAAAUUGUGAUACAGCUUGUUCUAAUGGAACUUUUGGACAGAACUGUGCUUGGAAAUGUAAUGAACGGUGCGCAGGUGAAUCACAGAAGUGUGACCCACGUGACGGAUUGUGUAUAAAUGGUUGUAUACCUGGGUUUGGCGGAUCGCAUUGUAACAUGUACUGUGACAAAGGAAGUUAUGGCGAGAGAUGCAGGAAUUUGUGCGGAAAAUGUUUUUUAAAAGAUUGCAAUCAUAUAACGGGACAUUGUGAUCAUUCGGAACCCCUCUGUGAGGAUGGAUAUAGGGGAGAAAAAUGUGAUACAGAAUGCGAACCUUGUACAUUUGGUCAUGACUGUCGGCAUAACUGUAGUGAUUGGUGUUUCGAAGGCAUAUGUAUAUGGGAAUCAAAAGACAUAAAAAAUGAUACCUCACGGAAAGACAGCAAAGAGUUGUUUAAAGACUUUUUACCGAUCUUUGGUGGUGCGAUGUCUGCAUUCGUUGUAGUUCUGACAAUAAUAACAGCCUACGGAGCAGGCAGAUGUUGUACAGGACCAAAAAGAAGAAAACAUAAACGACGAAGUCAGUGUAGUACAUUAGCAGUAGAAAUGUCAGACGACACAUUUAACAUGUUAGAUUUCUCAGGAUCAAGAAGAUCUCAUACAACGGAGAUUCCAGUAAAAUGUUUCCAAAGAAUUGUUGCAGAGAAGACCUCAGAAGACUGUUCAAUAUUAAGAACUGAGUUCUCGUAUCUUAAUGCCGGCAUACAACGUGAUCAAAAAAACAUGACAGACAGUGACCAGAAAAAAAGAUUCUCUAGAUUUUCUAGAUUUUCUAGAUUUUCCAGAUAUUCUAUGAUGUCUUUUUCAGAGGAUUAUUACAAAGUGUUAUUGCCAAGUGAUACUUCUAAUGGGGAAGUCCUGAAUGCCAACUAUAUUAAGAAUGUAGAAGGCAAACUAGCAUACAUUGCAGCAGAAGUGAGUCAUACCACAGCAGUUUGGGAAAUGGUUUGGAUGAAAAACGUCUCCAAAAUUGUUAUCUUCUCCAGAGGACAUGACUGCAAGAGUGAUUGGGCUCCAAACUGGCCAGAAGUAGGUGAGACUCAGACAUUUCAAACUUAUGCUGUGGCAACAAAGGAGAAGCGGGACUAUGCUUGUUAUUCUCUAUACUUUCUGACACUGCAAAAGGAAAAGUUGAAUAGAGAGAUACGUCUUUUCCACUACAAUUCAUGGCCAAAAGAUGAUGACGUCAUACCAACGGACUUCAUAAACUUUUAUUUCCGGGUCAUCCAUUUUCCAGUCACUUCUUCCAGCAUCAAUGGCCCAUUGCUGGUGCAGUGCAGUGAUGGACUUGGAAGGACAGGCGUAUACAUAGCUUUGGAUGCCCUUUAUAACCGAGGACUCGGCAACAAAAAGAUAAAUGUCCUGCAAUAUGUACAGACGAUGAGACGAUGCAGGCAAAAUAUGCUACAGUCUUUUACACAAUACGUUGUGCUUCAUCGUCUUUUGGCUGAGGCUUUUCUGAACACUUACAACCCCCUCCCGCGGAAGUAUUAUAUGCUGGAAAACGAGGACAAUGAUGCAGUAUCCCAUAUGUUUUCUGUGAUUGAAAGGAAUAGACCGACAUAUAAGCUGAAUGACUAUUCAAAAGCCUUUAGAAAUAUGGACUUGGUUUCAAAUAUAAAUGUUCUGCCGUUGGAUAGAUUUUAUUUCUCUCUUGGGGAUGAAUUGGAAAGUGACAAACCUUUGUUCACAAAUUCUAUUACUGUUCCGUCCUAUCUUUCCCAGGACAGAUUCAUUAUAUCACAGCUACCCCUUACGUUCAGCACAGACAACACAAUUGCAGUGAUUUCAAAGAUGCCUUGCCGCGUUAUUGUAUUGAUAGGGUCACGUGAGGAGACAGAGGAAGUGACACAGAGACUUUUAGAUGGAAUCUCGACACACGCUGAUGAAGACACGCAUAAAGAUUUAAAUAAAACUUCCAUCACAGAAACCCUUUGUCAUACCGAACUUCUAAUUCAAAAUAAGGAGAAAAGCAUUGACCAUUCUCUCUCUAUUUGCGAAAUGUCAUCGUGGCCAAUCAAAUACCGGAAUAUCGGGGCCUAUACUGAUAUGCUGAAAGUUUUGACAAUAAUUCUAGAAACAGAUCCAGCGUUACCAAUUAUUUUACUAAGUGGGGAUGGCGCCAGUGGGUGUGAGGUGUUGUGUACGGUACAUAAUUGUUUGGAACAAGUAUUUCUAGAUGACGAAGUGGAUGUUUCCGCAAGGAUACAUCAGCUCCAAACCAGAAGACCAGAAUUCAUAUCAACCAAGGAAGACCUUAAAUUAAGCUUGGAUGUGUUUCGUAAAUGUCUUUGCAACAUUAAAAAAGAAUCAGUACGUGUAAUCUGUGACAAAAUGAAGAAAGAUUUGCUGAAUUGAAGGUGUCUACAGUGUAAUCACCAAAUUGUGCAAAUUCUGAAACUUCGCAGAAAAAAAUAUGCAUGUUGCUUUCAAAAGCAUACUUAAUUGCUUUAAAACUGAGGAGGAAUACAGGAAAUGAAAGAAAUUAGUAACAUGUAAUUAUUUGAUAUGUUUAUGAUUUUCUUGUCACCGUUGUUUAAGCGUACUUUAUUAACCACUACUGAACGCGUGUAACCACUAUUAGAUAAAAACAUUUUUGUGAAAAGAGAGUUUAGGUAUUCAUCAAUAUUAUGUUUUUGUUUUGUAGUUGCUUCUCAGUAAGUUUUCUGGGUUUGUUCAAAUAUUCUAUCUAAAUGACUCAAAGCAAUACGUAUUUAUUUUCACCUUAAAAUAUGCAUUACUAGUAUUCUUUAUAAAAAUAAAUGUUCCUUUUCAUAAAUAUGAAUAUUUUAUUUAUUCAAGAGUAAAAUAGAAUAGCACAAUACAAUACAGAUGACAUGAAAUUUAAAGCACUACGAUCCACCGUGGCAUGCUGCUGUUUCUAACGAAGUCUGAAUAUCGUGAAGCAAUGAAAAGUCGCCGACAAGGAUCGGAGAACCAUUAGAGGAGAUCGCCUUCAACUCCGAAUUAUCAACCUGUAGUUGACAAAAAAUGAACCAAUUCAAUUGUGACAUUUAACUGUAAAGUACUCAAAACGAUUUAUGGUUUUUAAACCGGAUACCUGCUCAGCGGGUUGGCUGAUUAUGAACAGAAUUCCUGGCAUUGUAAUAUUUAUAUACAGUUUUACAAAAGUUAUAUAAUUAUAAAAUACAAGAAAAAUCUA